AUGGCGAACCCGAAGAAGAACCUGCCUAAAAAGGGCAUUCAAAGUCGCAAUCUUGAGCCAGUGAAAGUUGCUAUUGUUGGAGUCGGCAAUGUUGGCGCCUCUACAGCUUAUGGACUCCUCCUUAGCGGACUGGCCGCCGAGAUUGUAUUAAUUGAUGUGAAUAAGAAGAAGGCAGAGGGAGAGGCUAUGGACCUGAGCCACGCCGCACCUUUCUCACACCAAACUCAUAUUUGGGCGGGUGACUAUACCGACUGUGCUGGCGCGUCUAUCGUGAUCAUCACAGCUGGUAUCAACCAACAACCGGGACAAACACGAAUGGAUCUGGUCAAGGCCAACGUUUCAGUCUUUCGAGAAUUGAUUCCACAAAUUGCUUCUCAUGCACCAGACACUAUAUUAGUGGUGGCAACAAACCCUGUCGAUGUACUUACUUAUGCUGCGUGGAAACUCUCCGGAUUCCCUCUUCAUCGUGUCCUGGGUUCUGGAACGACUCUUGACACUGCUCGGUUCCGCUUCGAACUCGGCAACUAUUUCAAGAUCGACCCACAGAGCGUCCACGCGGAUAUUAUCGGUGAACAUGGAGAUACAGAGUUGCCGGUAUGGUCGCUUGCGAGCAUUUCCGGGAUGCAUCUCAGAGCCUAUUGUCGGCAAGCUUCCCGCGAGUACGAUGAGAAUGCCAUGAAUCAAUGUUUUUUGGCGACGAAGAACGCCGCCUAUGAUAUCAUCCAGCGGAAAGGAUGGACUGAUAAAGGCGUGGCUACUGCGCUCGUCCGCAUUGUCGAGACCAUUCUGAGGGACGAGGAUACAAUUCUGACGGUUUCCACGCCCAGAGACUAUCCUGGCACUGGCGUUACGGCGUUCAGUGUACCGUCGAAGAUCACCCGAGAUGGUGUGUUCCAAACCUUUGAUCUGUUACUCAACCCGGAAGAAGAAGCCAAACUAAGAGAAUCAGCCAAAAGCAUAAGUGCUGUGAUCGGCUCUCUAUCCUUAUGA